AAAAUAUAAUGUAUUUUAUAUGGAAAUUUGAUUUCAUUUUUGGCCUCUCCUCCUUCACCGUUCAUUCACUGAUUGUUUUAUCUCUCUGAUUUCUCAUUUUCCUCAUCUCCUCCUCCGCAGCACCGCCGUGCUCUUUCCAAGCUCUGCCGGCGGACAUGAUGAGCAUUGUCUCAGGUCAUCAUCACUGUCAACCAUCGAUUAUACACGAACGAUGCGGUAUAGGAACAGUUUCUAAGGUCUCUUGUUCGAGAUAUUGCGGUCCGUGUGUCUCUGGAAGAUUGGCUUUCUCUAAUAGCCUCUGCUUGAAGAGUACUUGUGGGAAAACUGGUAGGAGAAGCUUUUCAAAAAUUUGCAGUAUUGUAGAUGACGGGAUGAAUCCAGAUAACUCGGGCGACGAGGAAAAAGAAGCACUCGAUGAUAAAGCUAAAAGGCAAGCGAAUGAUAUGAAUCGGGCAAAUCUUGAAAGAAUGGUUGGUACAGAUGAUUCUGCUUUUAACGGCUUAGAUCUUGCAACCCUCAUCAGGCAGAAGUAUGGAAGAUCUUAUGAUGUUCAGCUCAUCAAAAAGGAGUUCAUGGGGCGGAAUCUUCUUGCGAUGAAUGUCAUGUGGAAGUACAGAGAACAGAGGUCUUUCCCUCUAACUGAAGAAGAAUAUAUACUGAGACUCGACGAUGUAGCCAACAUGUUGAAAUGUUGGGGAGCGGUCUCGCAUAUCCGUAAUAGCCUAGCUAAGUCGAAGGAGCGACCUCGGAUAGGGAAGGCUGUGAGCAUUUUCAUAGACAUGGAUUCUACAGGGGGACGAGCAAACGAAUGGAUUUACAAGUAGAAAACCGACCAAUUUACAACGGCUAAACCGAAGCAAAAGCAAAAGGUUUUGUAUCUGAAUUUUCCGUCAUCAAUUCAUUUUCCAAACCUCUUCUGUGAAGGUCUUUUGCGGAGACAGAGGUUUGUGCUAUAUUUGAUGUCUGAAGUCAGGUGGUAUAUAUUUAUAUAUAUAUAGACAUGUGUGUAUAACUUAGUAGAUACAAAUCUUUACAUGAACUCUCUUUGUAAACUAUCUCAUGUGUUGCAAUUGAAUCCUCUUUGUGAAUCUUCCACUCUCUUUGUGGAAUGUAAAAGCAGCCACAUGCUCAAAUUUUUCUCA